AUGGAGAAAACGGAACUGAAAAAUUUGACGGACUCUUUGGCAGAAGCCAUUCGUAGAGCAGUUAUAGAUGCAACACAAGCCGCUGUUGCAGACAUGAACCCUCCAGUGGGAGUUUCUGCAAAGGUCCCAGUUUUUUCUAUGCCUGAAUUUAAAAGAGAUGACGGUGCAACAAUUGCUGAUUACUUUCAACGUUUCGAAUGGGCAUUGCAAUUGUCUAAGAUACCUGUUGCUGAAUAUCAUAGUUACGCACGUGUUCACAUGGGAGCAGAACUCAAUAACGCACUAAGGAUACUGAUAAGUCCGAAGAGUCCAGAGACUUUAACAUUCGAGGAAAUAAAAAAUUGUGCUGUUCACUGUGAUUAUGAUAAUUUCCUGGACCGAAUGCUAACAGAGCAACUCCUUUGUGGUAUGAGAUCACGUGAGGUAUGUGAUGAAAUCAUCAACAAGAACCCCGAAACGUUUGCGGCAGCGUAUGAAAUUGCUCACAUUAUGGAACUUACACACUCUACAACGACUGAAAUAAAUCCGUCAAUAUCAGAACAUGCCCACGACGAGGAGAUACACAGGUUACAUCCGGCGUCUACGGAUUUUAAACGAAAUAUAACUAAAGGUAAGGUAAUUCCACAUAAUACACAAUGCUCUGGAUGUGGUGGUAGGCAUCCUAAGAACGAGUGUAAAUUUAGACAAGCUAAGUGUUAUCGAUGCGGCAAGAUAGGUCAUAUCUCGAAAAUGUGUCGAAGUAAAACACAUCACAUUACAGAAUCAGAAGAAGAAGAACCAGCUGACGUAGUAGUACAAAAACUCAAUAGAAUAGAGAAUAUAAACUCGAUAAAGUCCAAUGAGAGGAAAAUAAUAGCAACACUAAUAGAUGGAAAAGCUGUGAAUAUGGAACUCGACACCGGCUCUCCCUGUUUGAUAAUGAGUAUAAAUUGUUUGCGUAAAAUAAAACCUUUAUUUAAACUGCAACCGACAGACAGAGAAUUUACGAGUUACUCGGGCCAUAAAGUUUAUUGUAUGGGUCGUCUCCCAGUUAAUUUCCGAAUUGGAAACACACUGUGCAGGCUUAAUUUAUACAUUGUGUACGGCAAUUCUGAUACAUUAAUGGGAAGAAAAUGGAUAACAAAUUUUGCAAAGGAAAUUGACUUCGUCAAAAUAUUUACGGCUCCAAACCAAGUUAAUAGUAUCAAUACAACAUCUCCGGAGUUGACACAACAACAACAAGAACAACUAAAUCAGCUUCUAGAAGAAUUUAAAAAUAUGUUCAGCAAUGUUGCGGGUAAAUUAAAAGGUCCACCAUCAAAAGUGCAUUUGAAGCCAGAUGCCACCCCUAUCUUCGUUAGGGCCCGUGAGGUUCCUUUAGCACUUAAAGAUGCGUAUAUAAAGGAAAUUGACGAGAAAAUAAAAUCUGGUCUUUAUAAAAAGGUCGAGUACUCGGAAUGGGCUUCAGCUACUUAUGUAGUAACCAAAAAAGGUGGUGCCAUUCGUAUAACGGGGAACUAUAAGCCCACAGUUAAUCCACGUAUAAUCAUUGACGAACACCCAAUUCCGAAAAUAGAAGACCUGCUUAACAAAAUACGAGGUUCAACGAUUUUUUGUCAUCUUGAUGUAACAGACGCAUAUUCCCAUCUAACAAUAGACGAUGAACUUGCUCAUGUGCUAAUGCUAAACACACCAACUCAUGGACUAAUCCGGCCUACACGGGCAGUGUAUGGCGCCGCUAACAUUCCAGCAAUCUGGCAGAGGCGCAUGGAGAGUCUACUAAGUGAUAUACCAAAUGUCAUAUGUUUUUUUGAUGAUAUCCUCGUAUAUGCGGAUAAUUUUCAACAUAUGAUUUCGAAUCUUCGUGUAAUACUAAAUAAAAUGAAUCAAGAAGGACUUCAUCUAAACCGAGAAAAAUGCGUAUUUGCCACUCCAAUGGUAGAAUUUUUGGGGCACAGAAUCGACAGCCAUGGCAUCCAUAAAUCAAACAAACACAUUGAAGCAAUAAAAAAUGCUCCGAAGCCCACAACACCUGAAGAACUUCAACUAUUUUUAGGUAAAGCUACUUAUUAUAAUGCUUUUAUACCGAAUUUGUCUACAAUAUCAAGGCCAUUAAGAGAUAUGUUACUCGAGAAAGAAUUUUAA